ACAACACUUGAAGAACAACUAGCACUAAGCCAACUCCGUCUCCAUUUAUACACCUAGUUGUUCUACAAAAUGUCUCUUCCUUCAUCGAUUAUUCCUUCUCAAACCCAGAAUCCAAGUAUGUCUGUUGUAAAACGUCCGUUGGCAACUUUUCACCCAAGCGUUUGGGGAGAUAAAUUCAUCUCUUAUAAUAGCAAGUCCAUGGAGAUUACCUCUGAGAGCCUGGAGAAAGUUCAAAGGCUGAAGGAAAAAGUGCAGAGCUUGCUGAUGGGUCCCGUCGAUGAUAUAUCACAAAAGUUGGAGCUGAUUGAUGCGAUCCAACGCUUAGGCGUGUCUUACCAAUUUGAAAGUGAGAUUGAUAACAUACUCCAACAAAUUCACAACAAUGAUGACGACACUGGAGACUUUGACGACCUCUACACUGUUUCUCUCCGUUUUCGCUUACUGAGGCAGCAGGGUUAUAACACUCCGAGUGAUGUUUUCAGCAAGUUUAAGGAUAGUGAGGGGAUCAACUUCAAGGAAUCAAUUAUUCACGACGUGCGAGGUAUUUUAAGCCUUUAUGAAGCUUCGCAUAUGAGGGUCCAUGGAGAAGAUAUACUCGAUGAAGCACUUCAUUUUACUACAACGCAACUCGAGUCGAUGGUGAGUAAUUUAAACCCUGCUGUUGCUGCACAAGUGCGCCGUGCCUUGGAGCGGCCUCUUCGAAAAUGUUUGCCAAGAUUAGAGGCGAGGCAUUAUUUUUCUACCUACCCAGAAACUGCUUCAUUUAAUGAAGUUGUUCUCAACUUCGCUAAGUUGGAUUUUAACAUGCUACAACGGCAACACCAGAAAGAAGUUUCCGAGCUCUCGAGGUGGUGGAGAGAAUAUUUAGGGGUCCCGGAAAAGAUAUCGUAUGUCCGAGAUAGAGUGGUGGAGUUGUACUUCAUAUGGAUUUUGGGACAGUACUUUGAACCCCAAUAUUCUCAUGGGCGGAUGAUGCUUGGCAAAGUGACCUGCUUGCUCUCAAUAAUGGAUGAUACAUAUGAUGCCUACGGUACAUUUGAAGAGCUCCAACUCUUUACAGAUGCAGUUAUAAGGUGGGAUAUCCGCUGCAUAGAGCAACUCCCAGAGUACAUGAAAUCUAUCUACAAAGCACUCUUGCAUGUUACUAAGGAAAUUGAGGAAGAUAUGUCCAAGGAAGGAAGGAUAUACGGCCUUUACUAUACAAAGGAAAAAAUCAAAUGCCUAGCUCAAGCUUACCUUCUUGAAGCCAAAUGGAUGAUGGAAAAAUAUAUACCCACGGUGGAGGAGUACAUAAGGAAUGCCCUAGUAACCGGUGGUUACGCUGCACUUGUAACCUUAUCUUUUCUUGGCAUGGGAGAUGCAACAAAGGAGGUCUUCGAUUGGGCUUGCGGUAACCCUAAGAUUGUUAAAGCAGCAGAAACGAUAGGCAGACUCAUGGAUGACCUUGUUUCUACUGAGUUUGAGCAAAAGAGAGAACACGUUGUCUCUGCCAUCGACUGCUAUAUGAAGCAGCACGGUGUCUCAAAGCAUGAGGCAGAAGAAGAAUUUAAGAAGCAGAUCGUGAAUGCAUGGAAAGAUAUUAACAACGACUUCCUUAAACCUACUCAAGUGCCAAAGCAUUUCCUAGAGCGCGUUCUCAAUCUUGCACGUGUAAUGGAUGUUGUUUACAAGGAUGGUGAUGCAUACACAAAGGUUACACAAGUGUUGAUGGACGGUAUCACUUCAUUGCUUGUUGAUCCAGUGCAGAUAUGAGUCUAUCUAUUUAUAGUGUUGGCCAGUAAACCAUACGUCGACGACCUAUUCUAUCGAUGUGAAAUAAUGAUCAACGUCUUUAGCAAUGGUGAAUGUUUCACUUUUGAUGAAUAAAAGCUUUUCUAUAUAUAUGUGUUUGUUUAA